ACAAUUAGGAUUGGUAGAGCCCAUAUCUGGAGCCCUUGCCUUGCUGGCCCUGAGCUCUCUCUUGUUGCUUCUUUUAAUGAGUUUUUUUGUCUCCUUGGUUUUGUUGUGCUUGUGCUCACCUGGGUGUGGAGUUCUCUGCAUGAGAGGAGAGACCCCUCUGAGCUGUUCCUUCAAGUCUUCAAGACUGGGCACAGCCAGCCACUGAGAGGAAAGUAAAGCAGACCUACUACACAUACAGAGAGGAGGAGAAUUUUUCUUUUUGUCAAGCUCCUUGCUUGAUUCUCUUUGAUCCUGGAAAGCAGCCACCACCAGUCCAACUAAUCUGUUGCUGUUCGUGUGCGCCGGAGAUUGUAGCUACCUAUCCCCCAGAUCUGAGUCACUUGCUCCGUAGAUUCCAAGAAUCCGAGCACGAAUUCGACAGGGAGGUAUUGCUUGGAGAGAAAGAGAAAUAUAGGGAAAAAAAAGUCGCAGCAGACAGGACGGUUAAGGCGAUUAAGACGUUGGAGAUAAGAGUCCCCGGGAUGGUGUCAAGAAACUGCGGGGAGGAGAGGGUGAGAUGAAGGAGGAUGGCCGCGGUGAUGGACUACUUCAGGUCCUGCUGGGGCGCGCGGUCCCGGGCCGGGCACCGGGGCAAGAAGGGCUCGGACACCGCCGGGCGGCAGGACGGGCUGCUGUGGUACAAGGACGCCGGCCAGGUAGCCACCGGGGAGUUCUCCAUGGCGGUGGUGCAGGCCAAUAACCUGCUGGAGGACCAGAGCCAGGUGGAGUCCGGCCCGCUCUCCAUGGCGGAGCCCGGCCCUCACGGCACCUUCGUCGGCGUCUAUGAUGGGCAUGGCGGCCCGGAGACGUCCCGGUUCAUCACUGACAACAUGUUCCACCAUCUCAAGAGAUUUGCAACCGAGCACAAGUGCAUGUCAGCAGAUGUGAUCCGGAAAGCUUUCCAAGCAACUGAGGAUGGGUUCCUUUCUGUAGUCAGCAAAGAAUGGUCUAUCAAGCCUCAGAUUGCAGCAGUAGGCUCUUGUUGCCUAGUCGGUGUAAUUUGCUCUGGGACUCUCUAUAUUGCAAAUGCUGGUGACUCGCGUGCGGUCCUUGGAAGGCUUGUCAAGGCAACUGGUGAGAUUGUGGCCAUGCAGUUAUCGGCAGAGCACAAUGUGUGCUAUGAGGAAGUUAGGCAGGAGCUACAGUCAUCACAUCCUGAUGAUCCACAAAUUGUGGUUCUAAAACACAACGUUUGGCGUGUGAAGGGUCUCAUUCAGAUCUCAAGAUCUAUCGGAGAUGUAUAUCUGAAAAGACCAGAGUAUAACAGAACACCUCUUCAUAGCAAGUUCCGACUCCGGGAAACCUUCAAGAAGCCAAUUCUUAGGUCUGAACCUGCAAUUGCUGAACACCAAAUACAACCGAGUGAUCAGUUUGUUAUAUUUGCUUCUGAUGGGCUAUGGGAACACCUCAGCAAUCAGGAAGCAGUUGAUCUUGUCCAAAGUAAUCCUCGUAAUGGGAUUGCUCGAAGACUAGUUAAAGCCGCGAUGCAAGAAGCAGCCAAGAAGAGGGAGAUGAGAUAUUCAGAUCUCAAGAAGAUCGAACGUGGGGUGAGGCGCCAUUUCCACGACGAUAUAACCGUUGUCGUGGUAUUUCUCGAUGCAAAUGCUGCAAGCAAAGCAGGUUGGAGCAAAAGCCCUUCAGUCUCGGUCCGAGGGGGCGGCGUCAGCGUCCGAGCAAAUUCCCUCGCACCAUUCUUGGCCCCCACCAUGCUAAGCAGCACCUACUGAAGAAACCUCAACAUGGUCAUCUACGGAGCACAAUGCAAGACAGACAGGGGUGAAAUCAGCUGGUAGGAUCUAGUGUGUGUUCUUGCUACGUUGCUCCUGUGAAAGUAAAAACUGCUUUUAGGCUCCACCCGGGUAAUUAGUGUACUGAUAGCAAGGUAUAAGAUUAGAUUAUUCCUUAGCAAUGUCGAUCCUCUUUUCUUUUUCUUCCCUCCCUUUUUAUUCUUAUACCUUUCUCAUCACCCAUGAGAGAACAGGUGGCUGUAAAUUUGUCCAGAACAUCCUUUUCGUAAUGGUCCAUCACAUCUCUUUCAAUUUUUCA